UCCAUCUACCUGUUUGUCUGCCAGCCAGCUAGAGGCCCCAAGAGAUUCUGGAUCAUCCAGGCUGAGACGGGAAAGCCACCAAGAUGGGGUACGGCCGCUCAGACAGCUACCGUGUGGCGACCACACAAGACAAAAAUGAUGAGAAGGCCUCUCCUCAAAAGGGCAAAGCACAGAAAGCCCGGGACUUGGACGAUCUGAAGAAGGAAGUCGCGAUGACCGAGCACAAAAUGUCCAUCGAGGAGGUGUGCCGAAAAUACAACACAGAUUGUGUGCAGGGUCUGACCCACAGCAAAGCUGCAGAGAUCCUGGCCCGUGAUGGCCCCAACGCACUGACCCCACCACCGACCACCCCCGAAUGGGUGAAGUUCUGCCGCCAGCUCUUUGGAGGGUUCUCCAUCCUCUUGUGGAUCGGGGCCAUCCUCUGCUUCUUGGCCUAUGGCAUCCAAGCAGGGACCGAGGAUGACCCAGCUGGGGACAAUUUGUACCUAGGUAUUGUGUUGGCCGCUGUAGUCAUCAUCACGGGCUGUUUCUCCUACUACCAAGAAGCCAAGAGCUCUAAGAUCAUGGAGUCUUUCAAGAACAUGGUGCCACAGCAAGCCCUGGUCAUCCGGGAAGGUGAGAAGAUGCAACUCAAUGCUGAAGAUGUGGCAGUCGGGGACCUGGUGGAAGUGAAAGGUGGAGACCGAGUCCCAGCUGAUUUGAGGAUCAUUUCAGCUCAUGGCUGCAAGGUGGACAACUCCUCCUUGACUGGUGAAUCAGAGCCCCAGACGCGAUCCCCCGAUUGCACCCACGACAAUCCCUUGGAAACCAGGAAUAUCACCUUCUUCUCGACCAACUGUGUAGAAGGCACGGCACGUGGCGUCGUCAUCGCCACUGGUGACCGCACGGUGAUGGGCCGAAUUGCCACCCUGGCUUCGGGCCUGGAGGUCGGCAAGACCCCCAUUGCUGUUGAGAUCGAACACUUCAUCCAGCUCAUCACUGGUGUGGCUGUCUUUCUGGGGGUCUCCUUCUUCGUCCUCUCCCUGAUCCUGGGCUACAGCUGGCUGGAAGCUGUCAUCUUCCUCAUCGGCAUCAUUGUGGCCAACGUCCCCGAAGGGCUUCUGGCUACUGUCACUGUGUGUCUGACCCUGACUGCCAAGCGCAUGGCCCGUAAGAACUGCUUGGUGAAGAACUUGGAAGCUGUGGAGACCUUGGGCUCCACCUCCACCAUCUGCUCAGACAAGACGGGGACCCUGACCCAGAACCGCAUGACAGUCGCCCACAUGUGGUUUGACAACCAGAUUCACGAAGCUGAUACCACCGAAGACCAGUCUGGCACGGCCUUUGAUAAGAGCUCUGCUACUUGGGUGGCCCUGUCCAAAAUUGCGGGUCUUUGUAACCGAGCGGUGUUUAAAGGGGGCCAGGAAAAUAUUCCCAUCCUCAAGCGUGAUGUAGCAGGAGACGCUUCUGAGUCGGCCCUUCUGAAAUGCAUCGAGCUCUCGUCCGGAUCUGUCAAACUCAUGAGGGAGAAAAACAAAAAAGUGGCCGAGAUCCCCUUCAACUCCACCAACAAAUACCAGCUCUCCUUUCAUGAGACGGGCCCCAAUGAUAACCGCUACCUGUUGGUAAUGAAGGGGGCCCCUGAGCGCAUCUUGGACGAUGCAGCCAUCAUCCUCCAGGGCAAAGAGCAGCCGCUGGAUGAGGAGAUGAAAGAAGCGUUCCAAAACGCCUACCUGGAGCUAGGAGGACUCGGCGAGCGGGUGCUGGGUUUCUGCCUUUACUACUUACCAGAGGAGCAGUACCCCAAGGGAUUCGCCUUUGACUGUGACGAUGUCAACUUCACCACCGAAAACCUCUGCUUUGUGGGGCUCAUGUCCAUGAUCGACCCACCCCGAGCAGCUGUACCUGAUGCUGUCGGGAAAUGCCGAAGCGCUGGCAUCAAGGUGAUCAUGGUAACCGGCGACCACCCAAUCACAGCCAAGGCCAUUGCCAAAGGUGUGGGCAUCAUCUCAGAGGGCAACGAGACGGUGGAAGACAUUGCCGCCCGCCUGAACAUCCCUGUCAGUCAGGUCAACCCCAGGGAUGCAAAGCCUGGUGUGAUCCACGGCACGGAUCUGAAGGACAUGACCCGCGAACAGAUAGACGAGAUCCUGCAGAACCACACAGAGAUCGUCUUCGCCCGCACCUCCCCCCAGCAAAAACUGAUCAUUGUGGAGGGGCUCCCCACUCAGGGUGCGAUCGUGGCCGUCACAGGGGAUGGAGUGAAUGACUCCCCGGCCCUGAAGAAAGCAGACAUUGGUGUGGCCAUGGGUAUUGCCGGCUCUGAUGUUUCCAAGCAGGCAGCUGACAUGAUCCUCUUGGAUGAUAACUUUGCGUCCAUCGUCACUGGAGUGGAGGAGGGGCGACUGAUCUUUGACAACCUGAAGAAAUCCAUCGCUUACACCCUGACCAGCAACAUCCCGGAGAUCACCCCUUUCUUGCUGUUCAUCAUGGCGAACAUCCCCCUCCCCCUGGGGACCAUUACUAUCCUCUGCAUCGAUUUGGGAACCGAUAUGGUGCCAGCCAUCUCCUUGGCCUACGAAGCUGCUGAGAGUGACAUCAUGAAGCGUCAACCACGAAACCCCAGAACCGACAAGCUGGUGAACGAGCGGCUGAUCAGCAUGGCCUACGGACAGAUUGGAAUGAUUCAGGCGCUGGGAGGUUUCUUCUCCUACUUUGUGAUCCUGGCCGAGAACGGGUUUCUUCCGUCAGUGCUGGUCGGCAUCCGGCUGAACUGGGACGACCGAACCGUCAAUGACCUGGAGGAUUCCUAUGGGCAGCAGUGGACCUACGAGCAGCGCAAAGUCGUGGAGUUCACCUGCCACACAGCCUUUUUCGUCAGCAUCGUGGUGGUGCAGUGGGCCGACUUGAUCAUCUGCAAAACCAGAAGGAAUUCAGUCUUCCAGCAGGGCAUGAGGAACAAGAUCCUUAUUUUCGGUCUCUUUGAGGAGACUGCCCUGGCGGCUUUCCUAUCGUACUGUCCCGGAAUGGAUGUGGCACUGAGAAUGUACCCCCUGAAGCCUAGUUGGUGGUUCUGCGCCUUCCCAUACAGCUUCCUCAUUUUCGUGUACGACGAAAUCCGUAAACUCAUACUGCGCCGUAACCCAGGAGGAUGGGUGGAGAAGGAAACCUACUAUUGAGCCUCUUCCUUGGUCCGUUGCUGGUGUCUCCCCUGCAAGGGGGUGGGCACUCCCCCCUCCAAAAUUACACCUACCCCUCCGAUUAUGAGACAGUGGCCGGGACCGUCUUCUCAGACGCAGAAACAACAAACCGAUUCCCUGUUCCCAAACCCCCAUUUCCUCCCCAACAUUGGGUGGUUGAGAUGGAGAAUUAGUCCUGUCUCAUCCUGCCUUCAUGUCCCAGGCCAGAGGCGAGGGGGAGGGACACCCUUCCCUCCCGCCCUCUACUCUCUGCCCUCUUCUUCAUUAUCUUUGGGGGAGGAAUCUGGGGAGAGGGUCUCGUGUGCCACAGACAAACGGGGGGAGAUCUAAGCGAAAUGGAUUUACCUCUGCAAAAUACUCCUUGGGGAGCUCCCCCUCCCUUUCAAAUCCCUUUCCCUAGCUGGAAUCAAACCUGGGACCAGUGGCAGCCCAGAGGAAAAAAAAUUAUGCCUCGGAUAUGUGAGCCAAAUGUGACAGGGUUACUGUUAUCCGGUUAGCAGAAGUAGAGACUUUUGACCACCCCACCCCACCUUGGGGAGGUGACCCCCUCUUCCUGUUCUCCUCAAGGGGGGGGAGGGUGUUUGUGUGUGUGCGUGCGUGUGUGUGUGCGUGUGA